AUGGCAUUAUCAAAUAACAAAGAUUAUUCAACAAUUAAUGAAAAUUUCAUUUUAUUUAAAGCUUGUGAACAGGGCGAUUUACAAACAUUAGAAAAUUCUCUAAAUUCUUUAUCAUCAUCAGAUAUAAAAUUAAUACGUGAUGAACAACAAGCAACACUUGUUCAUUAUGCUGCACGAUAUGGACAUUUGAGUAUACUUGAAUAUUUAAUAAACAAUAAAAAUUUAGAUAUUAGUCAAUUACGUACAGAACAUGGUGCAACAUGUGCUCAUGAUGCUGCUGUUUGUGAUCAAGUUGAAACACUGAAUUACAUAUUUCAUUAUCAUCAAUUAAAUAAUCAUAAUAGACCAGAUCCAUUUCAAAAACUUCGUUGGACUGUUCGAGAUGAACAAGGAAAUACACCAUUACAUCUUGCGGCUGCUUAUGGUUCAAUGAGAAGUCUUCAUUAUUUAAUUGAGCGUGAAUCAGCUGAUCCACAUAUACGAUCGUAUAAUGGAUUUCAACCAAUUCAUUAUGCUGCUUCAUCUGGUCAUGCUAGUUGUGUGAAAUUAUUAUUAUCUAUUGCACCAGAUACAGUUAAUGAACAAACGAAUACGUUAUUAACACCUAUUUAUCUCGCUUGUCAAUAUGGAUCAAACGAUACAAUUAAAAUAUUAUCUUCAUGUGGAGCUAAUUUUAACUUAAGAGAUGAAAAUGGUUUGAAUUGUUUACAUGCUGCUUGUCAAAGUUCACAUCUUCAUGUAGUUCAAUGGCUGGUUGACACACAAAAUGCUAAUGUCGAUGAUGUCGAUUAUAUGAAUAAUACUCCACUUCAUUAUGCAGCCGCAGUUGGUAACGAAGCUAUUUUAACAUAUUUAUUAGAAAAAAAUGCUCAGCUUAUAACAUCGAGUAAUGGCAACACUGCAUUACAUGUGGCUGCUGAAAAUGGCCAUCAAGCUGCAUGUGCUAUAUUAAUUGAACGUGGUUCUUGUUCAGUAACGUUACGUAAUAGUUCUCAAUUGACACCAGUUGAUCUAGCAAAUCAGUAUGGCUUUCCAGCACUUGCUAAUGAGCUUCGUCUUCACGAAACUUCGUUGCCAUUUUAUGAAAACUCUUCCCCAGUUAGUUCAAAAAUUCAAUUGGAAAACGCAACUAUUAUACGACUAGUUGUCAAAAAACGUAAUGUUGAACGGUUUGAUGCUGCAAAUCAAGUUGAUGAAAAUGAAUUAACAACGAAUACAACGAAUGAAAUGAACUCUUCGGCAAUGGAUGGAUCAUUUUCAUCAAAAAAAUUAACAAAUGAACGUUUUGAUUUAUCUGAACUCCGUGCUCGUGUUGAAAAACACGAAGCUAGUAGAAUUAGUACAAUGACAAAUGGUGAUGUUGUUUCUAAUGUUCUUAUGCAUAGUAUGGAUUCUCUUAAUCAACAAAAUAAGAGUCGUCGACGUGCAAAAGUAGCAUCGGAAAGAUAUGCACCAUGGCUUAAAACGGGUAACAUGACACCAGAGGCAUUUGAACAAGAAAUUCAAAAAAUUGGAUCGAAUUUACGUAAAGUACGACGUGAUAGCUUAUUGAAAAUGGAAGAAACAGAUUCAAAUAUUGACGUUGAACGAUCACGACAGAGCCGACCACUCGGGCGUCCCGUAAUCGCGCCAACAAGAAGUGAAGAAUCAUCAUUGACUUCUGAUGGUGAAUAUUCAAAUAAUCAAAAUAGUAGAACGUCAAAAAGGCUUGAAUCUGAAAGGAGUCCCAGCGUCGUCCCAGUUACUGAAUCACAUCAGUUUACAGCUUCAUCUUCUACAAUGACUUCACAUUAUGGCAAACCAGAUUGGCAGCGUGCUCUAAUUGAACGUCGUCGAACCGGAGCUGCGGAAUAA